GAAUUCCUCUCCAAAGACCCCUGUUUCCGGAUUUCAGAUAAGUAUCUCCUGGUUAUGGUGCUGGUCUACUUCCAGCUUGCCAACCUGAAACUUAGCGAGUAUAGCCACAGCAACCUGUUCCUGGCACUGUACCUUGCAAACGACAUGGAGGAGGAUCUGGAGGGCCAAAUCUUUCCAUGGGCCCUGGGGAAAGAUUGGUGUUUACGGGUGGGGAGGUUUCUGCACCAGAGGGACCUGCUGUGGGCACGCAUGGGCUUCCGAGCCGUCGUGAGUCGCCAGUGCUGUGAAGAGGUCAUGGCAAAGGAACCCUUCCACUGGGCCUGGGCCCGGGAGCGGCGCGCCCACCAUGGCGGGGUUCAGAAAGGCUGUCCUCAGGUCCCUGCCUGCCUUCCCCUGGGCCCCGGCCUCUCACCACCCCACUGUUCCCUCUGUGGCUUGUCCCAGCACCCCAGCCACCACCGCCCUAAGCCU